GAUGUGGAUAAAAACAAAGUCUGUCUGUGAAAGAAAGUUUCCUGAUCCCGAGGAGACUUGGUUUGGGAGAGGAGCUGUGCGCUGACUUCAGCUCUACUCAGAAGAACAGGCAGGUUCUUCUGCAAAGGGGGAGGGGGAGAGGAAAAGCCAUCAUUUAUUCCUGAAAAGAAAGGAGCUGGGAAAAUAAAAAAAGCUACUGAACAGCUAGACAUUCGUAUUUUAAAGAGAAGGAUGCUUUGGAAGACUCUGGUGCUGCUGCUGUUCUAUUACAGUGCUUAUGCCACUGUGACCCACAGAUGGAGCAGAGCUGUGCUUUUCCCAGCUGCUCAGAGAUUCAAGAGGUCCUCAGCUGCCUUCCUCAACCCAGUGUUACAGCACUCGCUGGAAGAUGUGGUCCUGCUUUAUGAGUUUCUUUUAGCUGAGCUUGACAUUGACAAAGGUCAGAGGAUCUCCAUCAAAGAUGAGGAGCUGGCUUCCCUGAGGAAGGCUGCUGAGUUUGACACCAUCUGCAACGAGAUUAUCCCCAAGAGCAUCCCAGAGAUCCGCAGGCUGAGCAGCAGGCUGUCUUCCUACCCGAGGGUCCUCAAGAAGGAAGACUUUGAAAGGACAGUGCUGACCAUGGUCUACACAGCCUACAGAGCUGCCCAGUCCCAGGGGCACCAGAAGGACACUUGGGCUGAAUCCUUUGUCAAUCUCUACAAAGCUCUGAAGAACGACUUGAUGCUCCCAUACAGCAAACAGCCUUCAUAGUGGAAGGGGAGCAGCAGCUCAGCCAGCUGCUCUGGCUGGUGAAGGACACCUUGUAGCACACCCACCACUUUAUUCUGGCAAGAGUUUCAUAGCCUGCUUCGUGAGAGAUUGUUCGUUUUCUGGCUCCCUCUUGUGGACUCUGCUUUCUAGUUCCGUGCUAAAUGGUGAAAACGUCUUCAGUCCUGGGAAUUUGAUUUUUGUGCUGGCUUGGAGGCACCUUCUGUGACAGGAAAAGAAGGCAGUCUGGUGUACACCCAAACUGCACACCCAGACAGGCCUUUGUUUCAGGCAAACCCUCGAUUCAUCCUCUGGGUUUCCCAUAAGCAAUGCAUAAAUAUACAUAUGUGCUUGUGCUCACAUGCUGGUGUGUAAGUGCUGCAGAGUGCUGCUCUCCUAGCUGGGAUUCACCUCAAUCCAAGCUCGUGUUCUGGCUGACCAGAAAGAGGAUAUUGCACAGGGAUGAAGGUCUGCUGCCUUCAGAAAUUGUGCCACAUAUUAUCCAUUCCAAAUGUUCUCAUAAAUAAGCACCCUCUGAUUCACUUUAUUUGGCCGAGCCGAGUUUAAUUGCAAUAACAUUUUCAGAAGACAAAGGGCAUUGUGAAGACCAGCAGCAAACAAUGCCUGUGAACGUAUUCCCCACUUCCUGGAGCUGUCCUCCCAAACACUCUGCAAUCAUUCUUUCAUUGUUUGCACAUGACUUUGCUUCUGCUGCUUGGAUUUUUUUUUUUUUUUGAAAGGAGCAUGUAUUUGUCCUCACUGGAAUCCAAGGCAAGACAAAAGCCCUAUUUAAUUUAAAAAUGACACAUUUUUCCUGGUUCUAUCACUUGAACGUAGAUCAUCCAAACCUGUGCUCCAGAAUCCCCCUGAGGCAAGGGAGGAAGGUGCAUUAAAACAUACCUGGUGCUGAAUUUGGCACUGUGGCUCUCUUUUUUUAACAGUAAAUUGUAUAUUCAUUUCAGUAUCCUUGUGUUUGUGUGUGUGUGUCUGUGUUCAUGCAUGUGUGUGCACAUGAGUGCUGAGUACGUAGAAGAAUCCCAAAUUGUUCAGUCAGUGAACAAUUGCAUCUGACCACUUGGCAGAAAAGGCUAUUUACCAAUUCAGUGGUGCAAAUUAUGAUGGGACCAGCAAAGGAAAAACUGUAGAAAUACUGCAACCAAUUAUAAUGAACUCCCAAACAAGUCAUGAACGAAAAAUAGACAGAAAAAGGAGAUCUAUUUUGUCAGAAGGAUGACUAGCUAUCAAAAAUCCAAACUCUUCUGAAUCAAACCCCCCUAAUGUUUAUGUACAGGAGAUACAAACUCUGUUCUUCUAUGGAUAUUAGAGGUGCUUCUGCUUCCAGGCCAUGGGAAAAUAGCUGAACAUUUAUUUCAUCCUUUCAUAGCAUCAUUUUCUGUUUUUCUGCUGCAUCAUAUAUUAAGGAUGCAGGUCAAAAUCACAAACCCCUGAGACUAAAACAAACCUAAGGAUUCCAGCCCAAGUUCUGAAUCACAUUUGACUGCUUUUGCAUCACUUGAGCAAAAGGAAUUAAUUCUUCUCUGUCCCUUAACAGAGGUACUGCAAGGAUUGGAGCUGAAAAAAGUCCACCCAGAAGCACAGCAAAGAGCACAGUGCAAGCAGUCAGAGCGCUGGGUUUGGCAAACAAGCCCAGUUUGUGGGUUUGGGGAAGCACAGCAGCCCUGGGGCAGUCUGGCCAUGGCAUUAGCAGCUGGACAAAGGGCUUAUAAAAGACAGACUCAGUCUUGUUUCCCCCAGGAGUUUCUGGAUUUUUGUGUGUACAAGUGUGCACGUUCAUUUAGACACACCAAUGUGUAAGUGCGCUUUUAUACCUGGAGGAUUUUGUUGGCCAUCUUCAAAGCCUGUCUGGCAGAUGGCAAAGGAAACUGCAAAAUUCAGGCACAAAGCUGUGGGCCACAAAUAUCUCUGUCUGCUCUGCUUGCACACACAGAGCUCAGCACCCCCAGAGCAGCCUUGCUUUCCUGCCCAUGUGCCCUUUGAGCCCUCAGCUUUAACACUGAUGAUCUGCUUGUGAUUUCUUCCCUCUCCCACCCCCCAUGCUUUAUGAACACAUGAAAGGGAAAUGCCACAGAGUGCAGCUCUGCCUUUCCAGCUCUGCUUCCUGGCUCCCUGAAACACCACUUGCUGGAAGAGCCUGGAGUAGGGCAAUUCAUAAAUGCCUCAUAGCCAGCUACUCAAGUCUGCAAAAAUCACAAGAAAGAGAACUCAAGCAAAUAUUAAUUUCUGUCAGAGGACUAGAGCAAAUAUUAUUUGUUAUCUCACCAAUCAGAGAAAUACCUCCCAGCCAUGCUCCUUGCCCCAUAACAGGACUGCCCAGCAGAGUUUACUAAUCAUAACAUAUCCCAUAAAAAAGAAUUACAGAUAAUUUUUAAUAUCUUAUAAUUCCCUAUGGCAUACAUACCUUACCAUACUUACAAAUUGGUAACUGAAACAUUUAUUUCCCCAACAGAAAAUAAAGGUUUUAUGAGUUUGUUUCCCUCCUUCUUUUACUGUGUGUAAUGUAAGAAAGAGGUUUAUUCCUUGGGAAAGUGCUUGGACUGCCCAGGUUAAUUUAACAGAGACUCUCAAUGUAAUA